AAGCGGUAGCGGCGGAGCGGCAUGGCGGGCGCGGCGCUGGGAGCGGGGCCGGGCGUGCUGGUGCUGCAGCUGCUGUGGGGCCUGGCGUUGCUGCUCUGCCUGGCGCUCUCCCGGGCGGCCGGCCAGGCCCGGUUCGCCGUGGUGCUGGUGACGCUGGGAGCCGCCGUCCUCAGCGCCGCGCUGCUGCUCUUCCCCCGGGAGGACGAGCGCCCGGCCACAGCUGCCGCUGAUGAGAUCGUAGACACCUUCUUUAUUGGCCGUUUCAUCCUCUUGGCCGUGAUGAGCCUGAUCUUACUUGGGUGCCUGUUCCUGCUCCUGAUUUACCACCUCAUGGAGCCGGUGUACGCCAAACCGCUCCACAGCAGCUAGCAGCAGCCAGACACAGCAAUCCCCGCAAAGAGGAAAUCCCAUUUUCAUGGCAAUAAACCAGGAAGGGAGACCAGGAGGCUGUUUUGGAGGUGAACGUGUCGGGUUUUUCCAAGCUCAGAAAGAGCCGGCGAAGCAAGUAAAGUGUGUUGCUUGCACCCAGCGCUGCGUCUUUCAUCGUUAAAAGCAAAGUUUGGACUGGGCACGAGAGCCUUCCUCUCCAGGGGGGUUCAAGCCUCUGCAGGCUGCAAAGGUGUUUUAACCUCUCUUCUCUUCUCUUUUGCAGGAGACUUGAAAUCCAUGUACUUUGUACUACACUUGAUUCAAUGAAUUGAACUGAACCGAGAUGGUUUGUUACCAUUCCUUUUUCACCUUAGUUUAAUAAAACUCUCUUG